GAUAGAGGGAUCGCGCGCGCUAGCGGCCACUCGGUCGAUUAUUUAUCCAACAAGUGCCCGUCAGUUUCUCUCUUUCCCUCUCUCAGCGGGACCGGUCAACUUUAUUUUUGAAAUGUCAUUUACGCAUGUCAGUUACAUUCAAACAACAGCGAAGCGAAAGAGGAACGUUUUGACUUAAACCUCGUUUGUUUAUUGACCAGAUGCGCCAACUUUUAGGGAAUUAUUAAAAAUGGCGAUGUGCUUGUUAAAACGUUUGCGGCGUCCCGGUCGUUAAAGUGUCAGCAGUUUUAUUCUUUUCCUCUAGUUUUCAUUACUUCAGGUUGAUUUUUUUUUUUUUUUAGUUUAAUAAUAAUAGGCCUAAUAAUAAACACUAAUCACAACUAAACUAUAAGGUAAGGAGGUGUGUUGGCACGGAGAGUUUUGACUGGAAAGUAAUGGAAAAUGAUGAGCCCGAAUCACCGGACCCGAACCACGACAACACUCAGAGUAAAAGAGGAAAUUCAGUGCACAAGAAAUCCCAUCUGAUGUGCCAUGAUAGUUGAGAGGGAUAGAGUGAGGAAUUCAGGAUUUCAGGAAGAAUGAUGCACUGCAGAAAAGCAGCUCAACGCUGAAAUGGAAAGAGAAAGAGAAAGUAGAGUCCACCUAUAGACGGACAGAGAAACGGCACAUGAAGUUCUUUAGUAGACACAUCAUGCACAAGAGAGAGAGAGAGAGAGGUGUACCUAUCUAUAGUUUGAAAGGGACAGGCCCUCUCCCUCUUUGUCACUCUCAGAUAGAAACACACACAAAUGCUCACACUCUCUGUCACCUACCGACAGAAAACCACCUAAUCUCUCUGUCAUCUCCCACACCGCGACAGCAUCACCUGUUCAGAAGUUUGAUUAAUAGUGUGAGACAGAGCUGUCAACCAUAUUGAGUGAUUUAGACGUAUCUUCUCGAGAAAAAGACAGCAGUUCACACAUGCUGUGAAGAUGAUGCGAGCUCAGAUUGAGGUGAUCCCAUGUAAGAUCUGUGGAGAUAAAUCUUCAGGGGUUCAUUAUGGAGUUAUCACUUGUGAGGGCUGCAAGGGCUUCUUCCGCAGAAGUCAGUCCUCCAGCGUGCAGUACUCAUGCUCCAGGCAGAGCAACUGCCCCAUCGACCGUGCCAGCCGUAACCGCUGCCAGAGCUGCCGCCUCAAAAAAUGUGUCGCUCAGGGGAUGAGCCGCGAUGCUGUGAAGUUUGGCCGCAUGUCCAAGCGUCAGAGAGACUCCCUGUUUGCAGAAGUCGAGAGACAUCGACAACAGCAGCGUCUUCAGGCCAGCUCAGUCCAAGAGCCUCAGUCUCUCCCAGCCUACCGAUCCAGCAAAGAGCCCAGAGAACAGUCAUCACAUCUCAUCCCGCCUCUACCUCCAGCCUACCCUUAUUCUGUAGAGCCUGAACUGCCAGGCUGCCCACCGGAGGUACAUCCAUACCUGGAGUGUCGCAUAGGCGAGGCCCAGGCUCAGAGUCUGGCCUACAGGAGCUCCCACAGGAGAGGUGAGAGCAACAGCUUGUCAGCUGGUAGAGGAUUUGACUCUACACGGUCUACACCAGAGGCUAUUUUGAACAUGAACGGCAGUGAAAUGGGGUUUCAUCCUUUUGACCCUGAGAGCUCGUUCUUUUCCUAUCCGACCUCUCUGCACAUAGAGGAGAUCUCGGCAAGUAUCGUUCGUUCUCACAGAGAGACAACUCAGUAUCGACCGGAGGAACUGCAGGCUCUCAGAUGGAAGGUUUUCAGCAGGGAGGAGAUCCAUGCUUACCAGAGCAAAUCGGUGGAUGAGAUGUGGCAGCACUGUGCGGUGCGGUUGACCGAUGCCGUUCAGUAUGUGGUGGAAUUUGCUAAACGUAUCCCAGGAUUCCGUCAGCUUUGUCAGAAUGAUCAAAUUGCUCUCCUCAAGAGUGGGUCCAUGGAAGUUGUUCUGGUCCGGAUGAGUCGGAUGUUUAACACAGAAAACAACACAGUAUUUUUUGAUGGCAAAUUUGCAGGAACAGAACUUUUCAAAUCUCUCGCAUGUAGCGAUCUAAUAGCUGCUGUAUUUGACUUUGCUCACAAUCUGUGCGCGCUGAGACUGACCGAACAGCAGAUGGCGGUGUUCACUGCACUGGUCCUCAUUAAUGCAGAUCGACCAUGUCUGGAAGACAGAGAAAGAGUGCAGAAAGUAAGGAGAGAUGUGGAGCUUGCUCUUAGUCACAUCCUCCACAGAGACAAUCAGGAGAGUCUACUGCAUAAGCUGUAUCAAAGAGUGCCGCUGCUGAAGUCUCUGUGCGCGCUGCAUAUUGAGAAACUGCGAUGGUUUCGGCAGCUUUACCCUCUCACGGUGCAUUCCCUCUUCCCUCCACUAUACAAAGAGCUGUUCGGCUCUGACACGGAUAUACAGACAUUGACUACUCACUAAACACACACAGACACAUAUUUCAUUUGCAGAUGCAGAAAUGAAACGACAUCGCACACAUUACACACACACACACAAAGUUACAUAUAAAAGUGUAUGCAAUCAAGAUCUAAAUAUAUUAUUUACCUGCUCAAGAAGUUAAAUAUAUUUUUGUAACUCUCAGAAGAACAGAAAAUAAUUUUAAGAGAAGUAUGCCGUAUUUUGUGCGAAUUCUAUUCCGUAGGGCGAAGCAAAAUAUUACUACGAAUGCUAUUCAGUCUGAGGAUAUAUUUUAAUGUUUUUGAAGUUUUCGAUGACCUUGAUGGUCUGGAUUCUAGCUGGUACAAAGGUGCAUUAGCUCUGAUCAUUAGAAUGUUAUUUUUUUAUAGAGAUUUCACCAGCAAAUACCAGAUUACAAAUGAUAAUAUUUGCAGAUCUCAAAGCAACAUGUUGCAACAUGUUCUUUGUCAACAUACUUUCCAUGAGCUGACUGAUGUUUGAACUGACGGCAUCAGACAUUGGAUGAUUUUCAAGCUUCAUUUACAACAUUAGAAUCCCUUGUUAUUUCUCAGGCAGUACAGAGACAUGGAUGCUUAAUGAUUUCUGCCUCUUAUAAUAUAGCCUAUUACAUUAUUGCAUUAAUUUAAACACGAUCAUCUAUUAUGCGUCACCUUUUUUUUUUUGUACUUCUCUUCUGUUAAAGCUUGUCUUAGUGCUUGUAAUGCUCAUCUUUCACUCAUUUCACAUUGAUUUGAGUAAAACUUGUUGAAAUCACCAUUCCAUUCAAAUAGACCAUCUUAAGUUGUGUUUUUCAGUCUUUGGUCAUAGAUGAUUUUCUCUGUUUUUUCAGUCAGCUGAAUAAUUAUUGUACUUGUAGAUUUGACAGUAUUUAUGCUCAAGGGUCUAAAAAUGUAUAGAGUACUUCUAUGAAAUAAAUCAAAUAUUAUAUGCUUAUUCAUUAUGCUUGUGUAGACACUUAGAUUGAACACAAUUCUAUUGUGUCUCGAUUGCACAGUUUCUGUUCAUGUUGUAUUUUGUGUCAGAUUUAACUUAUCACUCACACAAUCGAUGAAACCCUGUUAUUGUUUCGGUUUUGUUCUGUUGCUAUCUAUUGUGUUGUGUUGCUUUGCAGAAAAGGCCUCAAAUAAACCUCUGAAAAGUGUAAA